AGAUGAGUCUGUCAUUGAUUUGGGCAGCGGUUCCAGUCACACACGCACAGGUUAUCUUGCUUUACUCAGACCGACACAAAAAACAUAUUCUUUUUGGAACUACAUCAAGAUCACCAAAAAUGUAAGUGACAAGUUAAAUCAAUUCUUACUCUAUUCAGAAACUUCAAGAUGAUUAAGAAUGGAUCACAGAUAAAUACUUGAACAUCAAUUUAAAGAUGACUGUAUUUUUUUAAGGAAUGCCUGCGAGCAUCUUUGUUUAACGUUUUAAAAUUCUCCUGAUAAAAUGUGUUGGUAUUAGAGUGGAUUUCUUAAAACAGACUUCUGUUUAGCAGACAGGGUAAAUGGUUGUAUGGUGUACUCUCACUUCAGCAUUCAGUGACAUCAGUCUAAACAGCUUACUGUACAUUUGUAUGUAUCAGUAUGAACUCAAUCCCCGUCUGAAAUAAGAUAACAGAAACUGAAAACCUCUGUAAAUGUUUUCAUAGUAAAUGCAAAUAAUCUCUAAUGGGAAUCAAGCCAGUGAUUUGUAUUUUAAAAGAAUAAAACAUUUCAGGAAAGUUACUUAUCAAGAGAUUUUUAAAAACACUUAAAAAAUGUAAGAAAACUGAAAUGAGUUAAAAUGAGUACCAACUAAUAAUAAAUGUUUAAGGAUCACAAUGUCUUGUCAAAUUACAUAUUGAUUACAAAAUAUUUUUAUUGUUUCAGAAUACAGUUUCUAAAAGGGAUCUAUACUGGGGGAUGUAUACUGCUGUACCCUUUUUACUAUUUUUCAUAGUUUCUGUCCUAAGUUUGAUUUUCAUCAAUAUGUCACUUUGAUUUGAGUCAGUUCAUCUGCUGUUUUAAAGGGAUGACAUUGGUCUGUUAAAAAGUUCCUUUAGACAAAUAAAUGUUUCAAAAAUUGUGCAAGCUUUUAACAGGAACAAAAUUUUCUCACUCUCUGAAUGCUACUUGUAAUUGAUGACCUUUUUUUGAGUUUUUACUUUUUUUUUUUUUAAAUAUUAAAACAUGCUAAAAAUAGAAAAAAUGCAUUUAAAAAUGUGUCUUUAAGAUCCCAGGAGGAGAUCUUAGAUGGUAAAAACAAAAAACUAAAGAUAAUAUUAUUAUCUAGCAAACAGAUUAGAAAUAAAAAAAAACAUGAAGAAGAUUAACUGCUUCCACACGGGUAUUUCAUGCAUCUCCACAUGUCACUCCAGUCGAGGGUGGGUGCCACACAAGGGAAAUGACAGCACUCUACAGCACCUCCCUUUUUUAUUUAAAUAUCCAAGCUGUAGCUGGGUUUAGGAGGGUAAAAAUACCAGAGCAAAAACCAGUGUGUGAUGAGAUAAAAAAAGAAAAGCAAAACUGUCUGAGUGUCUUUGAAAGUUAAAAUGGAUUGAACAUUAUACAUAUUACUGACAUCGUAACGACAGGGUUGAAUAGAGCUUUGUUGUGUGCUGCUUACAAGUCAGAUUACCGUCAAUUAGGAGGUCAUUUUGUGGAUUACCUUAUGAGUGGCAUCAGCAACACAAUUUACCAUUGUGACCUACAUGGCCCUGUAGGCUGGUACAAACUGGGUCAGAGAGAAAGCAACAGAAUAUUGGUUACAUCACAGGGGACGAGUUUUUUGUAAUUUUGUUUUUAACUCUGUUGUACUUUGACUCUUGCUCACAAAUAUUUAGAAGCAAAGAACCAGAGCUCAAAAUGAAACACUUGGAAAAAAAACAAGUUUAGCGCCAAAUGGGGGAAGACUGCUUAAAGUAAUUCCACUUUUGAGAAGUAAUUGGCAGAAAAACAAACUCAUAAAAAAAGGAUUCUGGCUCUAUUCUGUCUUAAUGAUAAGUCAAGUUGCUACAGUUACUGGGCUUCUUCUUUUUCUGCUUGCUUUAUUAACGUUGUACUCUUGACCUAUUUUCAAACUAACCACCACUCUCCAUUUUCUCAGAUUCGACAUGAACACCUUUCUCUUCCUGAUGUGCAGCGUAAUGAUCCUGGGUGCACCGUUAUGUAAAGCGCAAAGCACUGCUGACCCUGGCACUUCUGGUAGUGAUGAAGUAGUGACGGAUUUACUCGAUGUUUCAACAGGGGAUCCUAGCUACGUAUCUAGUGUGGGCAGCACUACUGCAGUCAACAGCUUGUUGUCCACUCGGUCACCUACAACUGUCUCCAAAAGUCACAGCACUUCAUCUUCUGAUGGCUCAACACUCCCCAACUCAUCCAGUGGCCUUUUCUUUAAUGAAGAAUGUCUUCUAGUGUACAUGGUGGCUGGCGGACUGAUCUUAGUCUGCUUUAUUCUGCUGCUCUCUACUUUGCUCUUGGCUUGCAGAGUGUGCCGCUUGAGCAGACGCGUCAAGGAGCUGAGCAGCAAUGAAGACCUAGUCAGCACCGUUGAAUACCGUAUGGGGACAGACAAGAAGAACAAGAGCAAACCAGAAAACGAACCCGAGGAGACUGCCGUGCUGAUGUCCGACCUGAGUCACACCAAGGAGGAGAUGGGUAAUGGCAACACCAAAGAAGAAGGGGAGAAAGAAGUCAAGGAUGGGCAAACAGGAGAUGAGAGUAAGACGGAGGGUGGAGAAGCAAACAAGAAUGAGGAAGCUGCAGCUUCACCUGCAACUGCUGCAGAGAGUUCAACUCCCUCAAAGGGGCAAGAGGAGACAAGUGAAUUCCCAUCUGCAGACGAGGGUGCAGAGGAACCAAAGGAUGUGGUGUAGAGUGUGUGUUUAAAGCCAAGGUUUCCUGAGCAGCUAUCUUCACUUCCUUAAAGCUCUUUUAGACACAUUGACUGUACGUUAAUACUUUUUCCAGCAGCUUUUGCUUAGAGAUAAGAUACUGAUACUGUAUUAUUUUUAGCUUGUGUGUUUUGAAAAGUGUAUUACCGUAAUUUGAUGACAGAAUUUUUGUACAAAUGGAUAUGCAUCUUUCACUCUUGACUUCAAAUUUAGAUUUAUGACACAGCGCAUGCUACAUCUAUUAGAGUCAAACCAUAAAUUGUGAAGUGCGGCUUUAAUUUAUGUUACUACUUCCUUUGAAGUGGUUAUGUGCGUGCAUGUUAGAGCGUGUGUCAAAGAGAGUGAGACAGAGGAGCCUGCUUGAUUAGCAGGCAGAGACUGUGCCUCCUCCGGGCAGUGCCACUCAACUCAGAAAGAACGCUCUCUUUCACCUCAGCCUGAGCUGACAAAGCUGCACAAUAAACCUUUAUACAAAACCAA